AUGUCGCCUAUUGAAGAACGUCGCCUAUUUAAGCAGUACGUGAAAAGACAGGGCCAUGGAUACAACCAGCCUAGUCUGCCCAAUAACCCAAACAACCAGGGGUUACAACCUAUUCACGUUGAGGGAGAGGAGAUCUUGGUUAUUUUGGGGGGGCCACAUAUCACAGGGGAAAGCAAUAAUGCACAAAAAAGAUAUGUGAAAGAGAUAAAGAACGAGCAGUCGGCCUUUGCCCCAGAACCUUCGAAGAAGGUGAAAACCAAGGAGCCUCCCAUUACAUUCACAGAGGAAUAUGAGAAAAACGUGAGAUAUCCUCACGUCGAUCCAUUGGGGAUAACCAUUCAACUCGCUAAUAAAAGGAUCAAGAGAGUAUUAAUAGACAAUGGGAGCUUGGUAAAUAUCCUUUAUAAGGAGACUCUGGAGAAAAUAGGGCUUGAAAAAGCCAAAUUAAGGCCUUGUAUGGUGAACCUUUGCGGACUCACCGGAGACAGCAUCGCUAGCCUUGGCAUAAUCGAGCUCGCAUUAACUUUAGGUGAAGCACCUUUAUCUGCUACCGUUAUGCAAGACUUCUUAGUUGUCGACCUACCCUCGGCUUACAACAUAUUGUUGGGUCGUCAAGCACUGAUCGGACUAGGGGCAGUCAAUUCGAUCAAGCACAUAUCCUUGAAAUUCCAAACACCAAAUGGCGUGGGAGUGGUGCGUGGCGACCAGAUGUUGGCUCGCAAUUGCUAUCGCAUAAAGCUACAGCAUAAAAAAGACGGUCAUCAGUUGAUGGCGAUCUUAGCAGAAGAAACUGAAUAG